AUGCUCCUACCGGCUCAGCCUUCGAUCUUGUCAGUUGCCCACGGCAUCAGUCGCAAACGAUCCCAUUCAGACGCGCUGGGACGCGAAGACACGGGCACCCAUUACGACCGUGGGACACUUCAUUCGACCGAACAAAUUCGGAAUGAUAUAUGCGGAAUUCUCGAUAUUAGAGCCAAGAAGAACAAGCCUGAGAGGAUACUCGAUGAUGCGAUUGCAGAUGACAACACCAUCCACGGCGAUAUCGCAACAAAUCCCACGACAGCCGACAGCACCAGAGACAGCAGUAUAACAGACAAUGAUCCCGUCGAUGAAGGCCUCAUAGAUGAUGGUAUUGGAGACGACGAGAGCAUAUAUUUUGCAGACGAGCAUCCUGGGGUUGAAGUUACGAGUAUUGAUCUGACGCCCUUAGCGCCUAAUUACGUCCCGCCUAAUCUGUGUUUUCAAGUUGUGAAGAGCCUCGAUCUUCAAACCUUUAAAAAGUCUUCACAAGAUUUUGUACAUCUCCGCGAACUCAAAGGGAGGAUCAACAACUGGGUCGAAUUUGCAAGAGAGAUCUUUGAUGUCUUGAAACCUGGAGGCGUUGCAGAGUUCCAUGAACGGACCAUUGAGUUCAAAGCAAAGGCGGAGCUUCCGGAGGAUAGUUUUAUGAAGGAAUGGGGAGACCUGUUUCGAAAGGCAGGUGCAGAGCGAGGGGCGCGAUUCGACGUUAUCGAAUCUGGAAUACUGCUUAGUUCGCUACGAGCUGCUGGUUUCAGUGACAUCAAGGAAUAUACCUACGAUGUACCGAUUGAACAUUGGCAGAAGCAGGGGGAGAUAGGACGGCUAGCUUGGUUGGAAUGUGUUUGUGACAUCGAAGGGUCCAUCUUUCGUCCAGCCGUUAAGAACUCGGGCUGGAGAGAGGAUAGAUGUCACAUGUUCGCUGCAGGUUUGCGCGAUGAGUUGAAGAAGACAACUGUCAAGCCUUACACGACACGCGUCGCCGUCGUUUGCAAGAAGCCAUAG